AUGGCAAAUAUUGUGAAUGAUGUAAAUUUGACAUCUUCUAUGGUAAUUUUCCAUAACUUGGGGAAUCUUUUAUAUAAUAUUGGCUUAUCAGCUGAUUCUGCUAGAACAAUUGAUAAGUCAAUUGGCUAUGUGCUAGAUUAUUCUUCACAAAAAGAGUCAUUUUUAAAAGUAAUAUUUUAUCAUAAUAAACUUUAGUUGGAUGGAUUACGGUUUUAUAAUGGAAAAGAUAUACCUGUUUCGAGUUUGUGCCUAAAGAAGCAGUUUGCCUAUAUUAGUCGUAUAAUUUGAAAAGAAAAUCUUAUCUUUUUUACCUUCUUCCAAGAGGCUCUAAAAAACCAGAAUCGCUUACAUAGCACUGCUCUUUAUUUUUAAAUUAGUAAAAACCUAGCUAGCAUAAUUAAUUUUAUGGUUGAUUUAGCUAGUUCUGGCCAAGAUGCCAUAUUUAAUUAUUUUAAAAUUAAUGUCAGAAAUUCAAUUUUUUCAAAACAAUAUUUUAUCCGACUUUAAAGGCUGGGAAUUCUGCCCAGCAUCUGAAAUUACCACAACUCCUUUAAUCCCAGUAUGGUCAUUUAAAGAAAAAUCCCCAAGAAUUGAAUUUGAAAAUAUUUAUGACACCAUCGACAAUUUUCUAUUCCAUGUAAUAUUAAAUUAGAUUUCAAGCAUGAUAAAGCAAUUAAAUAAAACUCGGUCUUAUAAGCCACAUACUGAUUUUCUUGUGCUAAAUGGCUUAGGCCUAACAUAUAAUUUCUUUAACCAAACGAUUUUAGAUCUAGAAAACUGCGUAGUAGAUCAGGUAAAAUCUAUAGGAAUUAUGAUCUAUACUUUAUUGCUGUGCGGGUUUUAUGCUCUUGCAGUAUUAGUAAUUGCUAUUCUUUUGAGUAUUUGGCAAGCAGUCAAAAAAAUUGAUGAGUUUUGGAAUUUUUUUAUAAAUAAUUCGCAAAUAGCAAUAAGGAAAUGGAAAUGCGAGGCAGUUGAUAGACUAGUAUUAGUGCAUCAUAAUGAAUAUUAUGAAGAAAAUUGAAGCGAAAAUGUGGUUAAUUUAAACAGAAAGGUAAGGACUAGAAUUGAAGUUAAAUUUGUUUGAAGAAUCCUUAUAUUUAUUAUCAUAUCUGUUUCAUAUUAUUUUAUUUUAUAUUUUUAUCUAUACCCAGAAUGUCAAAAUUAUAUGAUUAAUAGACCAAAAUUACUGAAUAAUUUUAAUAUAAGAAGAUCACUGGUUUCAAGGGUUGGGAUUUUUUCAAGGGAUGUUUAUUCCCCUUAUUUUAUAGAUAAAUUUGUAUUAUCAUACGGUUUUGCUAACUCUUCUUAUCUGAUGAAUCUUAAUGCAAACAUACUUACACCAAAAUAACUCUUUAAUUGCCUUUGAAUUCGAUAAAUUUAUUUAAAAUUAAAUAUUAAAAAUUUUUUGGACUUCAAAAGGUAAAUUGUAAGUUUAAUUUAAAUAUUUUUGUUUUAGAAAUAAAAAAAUAAUUAAUUUUCCAAAAAAUAAUAUUUUUCAAUAUAUUUUUGAUUACUCACAAAGUCAGAGAAAAAAAUAAAGAGCUACGAGAAGAAAAAUUCAUCAAAAUGAUGUCCAAAGAGCUUCAGCAAAGAAUAUUCGAAAAAAGUAACUUGACGACUUCAUUACUAAAUUUCGGAACUGAGGCAGCUGUUGAUGUAUCUAUUUAUGACACUAUUAAUAUUUCUUACCAAGAUUAUGUCCCUCCAAUUGAAGUUUUGCGUUAUGUAUCUGUUUUACAAGAAAUCCAAAAUGACAUUGACAUUGAAUUUGGGUUAGCAGACCAUGAUACUAAUGAAAUCAUAAAUUCACAAUUGAAAAUUAUAAUAGUGACAACGGUAGUUUACUCUUUUAUCCUCUGUGGGCUAUUUUUCAUGUAUUAUCUACCACUUCUUAGUUAUCAGAUAAAAGAGCUCAAUUGAAUUGCUUCGCUUGUUGAGAUAUUGGUUAUUGGAACUGAUCAAAAAGGGUGCAGGUCAAAUGACUUUGCCUUUUUGAUAGUGUCCAUUUCACCGAAAAAUUUUUGUCCGUAAAUUGAUCGAAAAUUUUGGAUAGUGAGACAUUUGAACGCAAAAAACUGUCAAUUUUCGGCCAAAUGUCCGCACUAUCAAAAAUUUUCGAGCAAAUGGAUUUCGAUGAAAUGUACACUGUCAAAAAUCCACGGUCAUUUGGCAUGGAGCCGAUUAA